AUGGGGCCGAACUCCUCGUUAGGCAACAUCACGAAUCUCCCCUUGUCAGACCCAAAAUGCAACAGUGAUGCAUGUCUUGCUUUCAAGGCUGGACAUCUUGCAUCCCAAGCCCAGAUAUCGUGGGCUUCGCAAUUCCUGUACGGCCAUUAUAUAACAUGGUACUAUUUGGCUAUUAUUUUUCUGGCAAUGUUGGUAUACGCACACAAGCUAGUGCAGAGCCGCAGGUUAGUUUCCGUACCAUCGAACGGGACAUCUGUUCUCAACAAGGCGCUUGCUUUUGUUCGAUUGAUCAGUUACCGGCGCAUCCAUGGACGCCUCGCAAAUAUCAUUGGACUUCCAUCGCUCGGCAUGCUUCUUUUCGUAUUGAUAACAUGCCUCUUCCUUCUCCUGCUUGCAUUCAUUCAAAGACCAUAUUAUCGCCUUCACCGUGGAUUUGGAUCUCCGCCGCUUGCAGUACGGACGGGCUUAAUGGCAAUCGCUUUGACACCAAUCAUCGUUGCAUUGGCUGGCAAGGUCAACUUCAUCACGAUCCUCACUGGUAUCAGCCACGAGAAGCUAAACGUUCUCCACCGAUACGCAAGUUAUAUGUGUUUAUUCCUGAGCAUCGUCCACACAGUCCCUUUUAUCGUUGCACCACUUAAAGAUGGAGGUCUGAAGCAACUGCACAAGCAGUACUACAAAAAGGGUGGCCUCGAAUUCACUGGAACGCCACCGCUAGGGAUUCUUGUCGGUCUCUGCGUUUUUUCCAUUCCAUGGAUCCGGCACAAGUCGUAUAGCUUCUUCUACCGUCUUCACAUUCCUCUCUAUGUAACCUACCUAGGGCUGAUUUUCUGGCACGCAACACAAGAACUCGAUUCAUGGGCAUAUCUUUGGGCAACCCUUGCUAUCUACCUCGCAUCGAUUACUUCUCGCGCCUUCGUCAAAUGCCAAUCAUUCAACGUCCUGCGACCCUGGUUCCAAGGCUACUCUGCGCAUUUGACACCACUUUCUGGGGACAUGACGAGGGUGGAUGUAAUUGUUUCAACAGAUUUCAAAUGGAAAGCUGGGCAACAUUGCUGGCUCCGGUUCCCCCACCUUUCCAUCUUGCAUAACCAUCCAUUCACUAUCGCAUCUCUGCCGAAGCGGGCAUUUUCAAACACUGAAAAAGCGUACGACGAUCAAACUCUGAGGUUUUACAUUCGGUCAUACAGAGGGCUGACGAAGGCUCUGGCGGUAUCAACCGAGAAGUCAGACCAGGCACUUGACAGAGCUUACACAAUUCAUGUAGAUGGGCCGUAUGGCGGUCUUAUCGCUGAUCUCUCGUCGAGAUACGACCAGCUUAUAUUUGUUGCAGGUGGCGGUGGCAUUUCCGCAUGCUUGCCUUUAAUGCUUCAGGCUGCGAUAAAGAUAUCUCAGGGUACUGCAUCCACGAAUAGUAUACAUCUCAUCUGGAUGGUGCGGGAGGAAAUGCACACAGAAUGGGCUAGGGAGGAAUUAAAAACAGUAAUCUCCCUUACGGAGGGGAAGUUGUGUGAAUUCAACUUCUUUGUGACGGAUUCUAGCCCGGCCAAAUCAAGUCUGAGGGCAUCUGGGGCGGUCGUUCCUUCGGCAAGGGAGAUUCAAGCAUCCACAGCGGCAUCUACUGCUCUUGGAAUUGGCCAGUUGCAUUACCAACGGCCAUUUCUGCUUCACUUUCUUCCAGGUAUGAUAACUGGGCGUCGGGUCAUGAUAUUUGGUAAGUCUAGCAAAGACUAA